UGUUAUUAAUGGCUGAGGAGCUGGAAACGCUUGUUAUAACUGAGGAAAGUAAGGAAAAAUUAGAAAAUGAACCGAAACAAGACAAACCCCUCAAAAAGAAAAAAAAAUUAAAAAACACCAAACUCAAACCUACAAAUUAUAAUAAUUCUGUGAAUAAUAAUGUGAAUAAUAAUGUGAAUAAUAAUGUGAAUAAUUCUGUUGAGAGUUUGGAAAACUCUCCUGUUAGCACUGUGACUGAUGGUCAAAAUGUUGAAAAACCUGAUGAAAAGGUCAAGAAGAAAAAACAAGCCAGACUAGUCAAAAAAACACCAAAUCCUCUCCCGAUCACUAAUAACACUAGUGAUAACAAUGAUAAUCUGGUUGAUAAAGGUAGGACUGUGGUUGGUAGGGAAAAGGUUGCAAAAUUGAAGAAAAAAUUUGAGAAGCCUCAGUCCACUUAUAACAAAGUUCUCCACCUCUUCAAACAUAACUCAAAUAAUCCCACUGAUAAUACUAACACCUCCAGUAGCAGCAAUCUACAGCAGCAAAAAGUACCACAAACCGAGGAAAAUACCACUUCAGAACCAGACAAAUCUGAACCUCAAAAUCCAUCACAUGAACAAAUAUUACAGCAGCAAAAUGGACUACAGCAGCAGAAACUGCAAGAGCAAAGAUUACAUAAGCAAGAUGGACUACAUAGGCAAAAGCUGGAACAAGAGGUGGUUGACUCAGAUUUGGAUGUGGUGGUAACGAAUGUGACUACGGGAGAGAAGUUGAACACAGUGAAAAUGCCCGUCAGCGGUACAAAAGUCCGUGGCGUGAAGAAGAUAAAAAGAGCGAGUGAGAAGAUCCCGCAGAUACUGUUGAAUAAGUCAAGGAAUGAGACUGGCGUAGUGUUUGGUGGGUACCCCGUGCUGACCCUGACGUCUUCAGUUAUAUUAUUUGUAUUUCUGGCCCAGCUGGUGCUGAAUAAAAUCUCAUUUAACGGGCGCUGUGUUAGUAAAGUUUUGUACCCAGUGUUGAAUGGCGGGAAAGGAUACCACACGAUGUUUGGCUACGGUGCCUGUGAGUAUAAUUUACAGCAGAAAGCGGAGGAAAUUGGGUUUGUAGGCGCUACGGCCACCGACAAAGGCUGGCCGGCGUCACUCGUAAGUGAUGAAAAUGUUGUGGAAUCUGGAUCCACAUUUGACUCACCAAACUACAGAGGAUUCACACUCUUCGGUGGAAUGAACGCCAAUUACAUACGGAACUAUAAAGAGUAUUUCAGGUUAUUUUGGAGCAUGUUUAUGCAUAGUGGGAUUUUACAUUUAAUAUUUAAUUUAAUUGCACAAACCCAGAUACUGUGGAUUAUCGAACCGGACUGGGGUUUUGUGCGUAGUUUGAGUACAUUUCUGAUGGGUGGUUUUGUGGGUAAUUUAUUUGCUGGAGUGUUUGAGCCUUCAUUUACUGUUGUUGGUUCUUCUGGGUGCAUGUUUGGUCUUAUUGCUGCUCUUAUCCCAUACUGCGUUGAGAAUUGGACGCUUCUAAGAUCACCAAUUUACACCUUCGCCUUCGCUCUUGUUAUUACCAUUAUCAGCUUCACCGCGUUUAAUAAUACCGUUUCUACUUAUUCUCACGUGGGUGGUUGGGUUGGUGGAUUGCUGUGGGGAUUUGCGACGUUGAGAUCGACGUUUAAGCUAAAGGACUGUGCCAUUAGAGAGUCUCUCCUCCUCUCGUUCUUCUUCAAAGAUAAACUUAACCCCCAAGACAAAUCCAAACUCAAAGAAUCCUACCUACUCAAACAGAGAAAGUGUGUGAAUGAGAUAAGGAUAGAGCGAAGGAAAAAGAGUUUUGGUCAGCGGAUGAAGAAGAUGGUUUUAUAUCCCGUGGAAUACUUCAAAAAGGGACCCUUUGAUAUACUCAUCAGAAUCAUACCACUCAUCGUCCUAGUGGUGGUGUUGGUGGUGUUGAGUUCGUAUUUGACGAUAGAGUCGUUGUAUGGUAAGAUGUUUCCGUUGGAUGAGACCUCGAAAGUGUCGCAGUGUUGCUAUACCACUGCGAAAUCCGAAGCUCCAUUCACCAGAAAAGUCUUCUGGUGCUUCGAAAACUACCAAACCGCACUCAACUUCUGCAAUAAAUCCUAA